AGCAGCCUAAACCCCACACAAGCCCAGAAGCAAAGGGGUGAAGAUUCGAUUGAAGGACUUUAGCAGUUCAGGCGAAGCUUUUUCUGAUGGCGAAGCGUUUGGUUCCAUUGUUGAAUCGUGUUCUUGUUGAGAAAAUCGUCCCUCCAUCCAAAACCAAUGCUGGAAUCCUACUCCCUGAGAAGUCCACCAAGUUGAACUCUGGAAAAGUUGUUGCCGUUGGUCAUGGGGUUCGUGAUAAGGAGGGAAAGUUUAUUCCUGUUACUGUCAAGGAAGGUGACACUGUUCUGUUACCGGAUUAUGGAGGAAAUGAAGUGAAGCUUGGCGAUAAAGAGUACCAUUUAUAUCGAGAUGAGGAUAUACUGGGAACCUUGCACGACUGAUGUACUAUAUGACCUGUGACUGUGUUAAAUUUUUCAUGAUUUACCAUAGUGAUUUGAGGAGUUCAGUAGCAUGUAUUGGAGUCAUCCUUGCUGCUGAUGCGCUAGAGUUACAUCUGUUAUGUGCUUAUAUUAGAUGAAAGAAACAUGUAACACUUAUCUUUUCUGCUAUUGGACAAGUAAUUUUAGUGCAACUGUGACGUUUGUGGUUUAUGUUGGAAUAUCGCAUAAGCCCUUUUAAUGCAAGGAAGAAAUUAAAAAUGUUAUCCGAACUGUAGUUUCA